CAGGAAAGACAGAGAGAGGUCAGAGCUACUGGAACUUGUCAUUUAAGAGCUCUCAGCCAGCCAUGUCACAUGUGCUUCUCUUCUUUACUAGCUCUAUGCUCUCAUCUCCCUAAAGAAAAAGCGGCAGCUUUCUAGUAUUGGAAGUUAAGGUUUUCGUUCUUGUUGGUUUCUGAGAUUCAACGAAAAGAGCUCUUCUUUUUGCGGUGGUUGGGCUUCAAGGGUUUGGAAGUUCAUUUCUUGUUGUUGGCGUGUAAUUUAGCUAAAAGAUUGGAAUUAAUGGAGAGGGAUUUUUUGGGUUUGAGUUCAAAGAAUGGCAACCUGACUGUGAAAGAGGAGGCCAAUGAAGAAGCCAAGAAUUCAGCGCUACCAAGAAGUUCAGGGAUGCAGUGGUCAUUUUCAAACAAGGUUUCUGCACUUCCACAAUUCCUGUCUUUCAAGGCUCCCCAAGAAGGCGGGUCAAGAAAAACUGUUCAUGAUACAUCUGCAUUUAUGACUAUAUCAACUGCUGAUGCUUUUCACUUCAGCCAGAAGCCAUUCUCUGGUGUUAUCCAGAAAAAUUUCACUCUUGAUAAGCAAGCUGGAAACCAUUAUGCAAUGACAGUCUCUCCUGUGCAGCAGUUUGAUGCACAUUCAGUGCAUCACUCUCAAGACCAAAGGAUUCCGGUUGGUUUUAGCACUCCUCUUCUCCAAUCCCAUCCCCCUGUUGGGCAGAACAUGGCUGGUUCUACAACAAAACUGCAACCACUUGGAGGAGUUCCAGUUGUGGCCCCUGUACCUCUUCUUCCUUCUAAAAGUUCCCUAGUUGGUACCGCUGAUCUCAGGAAUGCAUCCAAAUCUUCUGGGGCGCCUGCUCAAUUAACCAUCUUUUAUGCUGGUUCUGUGAAUGUUUAUGAUGAUAUAUCUCCUGAGAAGGCCCAGGCUAUUAUGUUGCUGGCUGGAAAUGGACCUUCUCCAACUCACUGUAAGGCACCUACCAUAGCUCAAGUGCCGGCACCCAUCCCUAGACCUUCCCCAGGCGAUGGUGUUUUCAGGAACCAGGCCCAUAUUACAUCUACAAUCUCUGGGCUUCCAAGCCAUCUUUCCGUGACUUCACAUGCUAGUUCUCACUCUGGAGGAGCAUUUAGCAGCACCAAUGAAUUAGCUAUAGUGAAACCUGUAGGAACUUCAGCAUCUCCUAUUGACCACUCAGAGGCUUCUAAAGUAGUCAGUUCAGUGGGAUCUGCCAUGACAAACCUGAUUCCAGCAGUACCAGUGCCUCAAGCACGCAAAGCAUCCUUGGCUAGAUUCUUUGAGAAGCGCAAGGAGAGGAUGAUGACCACAUUGCCAUACAAUGUCAGCAAAAAAUCUCCAGAGUGUAGCACACCUGGAUCUGAUGGUCUGAGUUUCUCUUUCAACUCUUCUGGUUCUUGCCCUCCUCAAGCUAUAAAUUAGCCCCUUACGACGGGUGGCUGUAGCCGAAGGGAAGAAAUAACGAAGUUUCCAACUGCGCUUCAGCGAUGUUGGCACUGAUCAUUAUUUGACAAUUACUUCUUGUACUUGUUGUAAGAUAAAAUUUUUGACCUGAAGAUUUAGAUAAAUAUGAUAGAUAGAUAUAUAUAAAUAUGGUUCAAGUGUUGAGUUCAAGUGUUGUAAAAAUGAUUGUUUUUACAUCGGAAGCACAAUUCUGAUCAUGUUUUUGUAUUGAUAUGUUGUACCAAUUGACAUUAAUGAAAGGGAACUCAAUAUCAUUUUGCUUAA